AUGGGCCUUGCUGCCUCCUCGUCCUCACGAGCUGACGAUCCGAACGUGGCCGCUCGUGAGUACGACGAGCAGGAUCAGGGGUGGGCGUCCUGCGAAGAGGAAUACGUCUCUGAACAGCAGUGCAUCGACCCUCUGAGCAUGCCCGUUGCCCACAGUGGUGGCCAGCAAAGACCACUGUACACAUCGGCGCUGUGGGAACCGUCAAGCGGCUCAGAAGGCAGUGUCGGGAUCGAGGUCCCGGUCACCCAAGCGCCUGAGCAAUUCUUGACACAGGAAGUUUCGCCCACAUGGCUUGGUCCUCGGCCGGAACUUCUGCAGGCGAAGCCAAAGUCUUAUCCUCGAUUUGAGGAGGCGGUGCGAAGCCACAGCCCAAUGAUGCCGCUCCUUUCAUCUUCUUCCUCUUCUGAAGUUUGCAUUCUGAGCUUGGUGGACGGUUUGUGUUACUCUCAUCCUGCUCCAGGAAUCGCACUUCGACAGGGGAACCCAGGCGCAUCUCCAAACGCUAAGGUUCAUCCGACGGUGAAGAACUACGUCUGGCUGGCUGAGGGCACAAUUCAGGAUCUCAGAAAAUUUGUGGAACAGCAGUUUGCAGGGAAGGCCAAGAUUGACAAUCUUCGAAAGUUGUUGAACACUGUGGAAACAUCUCAGGCAUCUUAUUGUUUGAUUGCAGUUACAACAGCGCGAGUCGGCAUAUCGGGCAAGCUGGGUAUGCUGAAAGCCCUUGCACCUGGAGGCCGCUUUUUGUUGCUAGACGACAAUAGGCUGAUCGGGCAGGAAUUUCCUAGAGAAGGAGCUGCAUUCAUUCAAAUCAAAAAACCAUCUGAGGGGCUCUUCGUUCCGUGGGAAUGGUCGGCCUGGAGCGUGUCAGAUCCACACGUGAUUGACUUGAUCAAGACCUUUCUGCAAGAAGAAUCGGAAGGUAGAGCCCAGGGCUUGGAACAAUUGGCACAGGAUGUUUACAAACAAGCUUGCGUUCGCAUUCAAGAGUUGGUCAAUGUGGCUGAAAUUUGUACCAAUCCAAUUGCAGUCAAGCUUCCAGUUUGUCUCCAGUCAGCGAAUGCCCGGCUUGAGGAGAGACUGGCUGCUCUGAGCGCCACUCCACCAGAUGCGUACCGUGAGCCAGAGGAUGUCAAUGCUCGUGCCAUUGAGCAGGCACUCAAGAGUCCUAAGAAAACCGGACAGCCGUCCAACAAGACACCAGCUGUGCCAGCCAAAGCAUCGCCAGCAGGUCCUUCAGUCACUGAAGCGGUUUCGAGUCCGGCUCCGCCAAAGAAAGCAGGUGCGAAGCCACCACCGACAGCAAAAUCCAAAAGCGCUGGAAAGCCCAUGUCAGCCGCCGAUAAGGUUGCAGCUGCAGUCGCAGCCGUGGCUGCGCUUAGUUCUAUGGUGACGCCCUCUCAGGCCAUUGGCAUUUUGGAGGGGGCUGCAGACACUGGUGCCGGCCAGCAUUUGGUUUCGUAUGAAGCGUUGAGAGAGCAAGGCUAUCAUGACAGUUGGAAGUUGGACUUUGGCCUCAGGUACAAAGGUGUUUUGAUCGUGCUUGAUAACGAAGUUAACAACUGCGAAGUUGAGCAAUCUUUGCAAGAUGAGGAACCCUCACAAGUUGUGAGCACCAGCGACGAAGUGCUGAUCCAGCAUGUCCCAUCAGAGGAUGAACGCAGUGAUAUCACGACCAAGGGUCUCGCCCUUCAG